CACCUGGUUUGUCCUUUGAUAUGUGAGCAGAAAGUGAGUCAUCCAGGUGUGAUUUAUGUUUAACCGGAGACUGGUAUAUCCCAGGCAGACUGGCACGAGAGACAAAGAGAGACAGAAAGAGAGAAGGGGGUGUCGUUCCUUUCUAACUGCGCUAUCUGUUCUCUUCCAAAUCGAACGGGGAACAUGCAAAGGAUCCUACGUGUCGUCCAGUGCGCCCUGCUGACUUUGGCUCUCGGGAUUCCAUCUGUAAGCAGCACAGACUCUGUGAGCGGCAGCAGCAUGUUCGCUGGUGAUGGAGAGUGCACAUGUCGGUGUAUAUUGAGGCGUCCUGAGCUGGAGAAAUGCAGACUAGGAAAUAACACUGCUGCCCUCAUAUCAAAGCCUCUUUCCUUCGAUCCUAUAUCCACCCCGAAGUCCAAAUGCCAGUGCCAGUGUGAAAUCACAGGGUACAAUCCAUGUGAUGCUGAACUGAAGUUGGAGAGACUGAGGAACAGGACCCCAGAUGUGGAGAAGAUUGAGCCAAUUGUUUCCAUGUUGCACCAAGCUCUGACCAGCGCAGACAUCAGGAGACUGAGCUCCAACACCAAUCGAGCCACCACACACAUCAAAACUUUGGAGCAGGCUCUGCUGUCGAACUAUACAGCGGAGAGAGUCUUCAUGAAGAAGAUCUACACCUCACUCUCGCAGACUGCCAUGCUCUACCAGAAUUUCACGGAGGCCCUACGACUGCUCUCGCGGGAGCUUUACAAGCUUAACAGCCAUCUUCGAGUCUACCGAGACAUGACGAUACAGCAAGGACACAAGCUCCAGGACAACAUGACCUCUGAACAGAAUGGAAGUGUACCAUAUGAUGCAUCGCAGAGCAACAUUUCAAACAGAGAGAAUAAAGAAGAAGUAAAUACAGUUAACCCCAGAGAGGAAGACGUAGAAGUGGAGCUGUCCAACACCGUGCCCGAAGACUCCUGUGCUGGGACACUGAUGGCAGUGAAGACCCCUCGUGCGUUUGGCCAGUUCGGCAGGAAGGAGGGUGCUUGGCUUAGAGAUCCCCUGUCCCGAGAUGGCACCCUCUACUUGGCUGACUACAUCUUUGGAAGCGAGCUGUUGGAGUUCAGCGAUACUGAGGCCUUGGCACAGGGCCGGCCCUCGUCCCGAGUUCACAUGCUUCCUUGCAGCUAUUCUGGCACAGGACAUACAGUCUACAAUGGUUCAUUCUACUACCUUAAAGCCUUCACUCGGACUCUGAUCCGCUACAGCCUUUCCCAUCGGGCCACCGCAGCUUGGGGUCUCCUUGAGGACCUGUCCCUGGCUGCGCAGAGUUUGUCCAAGUUUGGCUCAGGCAGUGGACGAAGCUGGCAAGGCUACAACGAUGUGACAUUUGCUUCAGACGAGACUGGCCUGUGGGUGGUGUACCCUUCUAAUCACUUUGGCACCAUAGUGGAUGAUGAGCUGGUAUUGGUACAGCUGGACCCUGAAGAGCUCACCCCCAGAAAGGACUCGCUGUGGAAAGUGGGUCUGUCAAGGCCACAGUACGGACUCUCGUUUGUUAUCUGUGGAGUGCUGUAUGUGAUGGACAAAGACUCCAUUGCCAGGGGAGCCAUCUCAUUUGCUUUUGACACGCACUCUAAUUCUCAAACUGUUCCUGCUCUCCCAUUCUCAACCGGGUCAACUUCUAGCUACCUGACACAGCUGUCAUACAGUCCUCUCGAGAGGCAGCUGUACGGCUGGGAUAAUGGCGUGCAAGUCAAAUACCCUUUGCAUUUUGCGGUGUAGCAGCAGCAGCUGAAAGACUGAGAAAGGACUCUUUUCAGCUUCUUUAGAGCAGGAGAAAAUUUGGAAAAUGGCAAUUGCUUCUCUUCUAGAACCUGUCCUAUAUUAAGACCCUUGAUAUCCUCAUUUUUUAUAACGUGCUGUAUGCAUGUAAACUCUCUCAAGAGUUUGGUUUCACCUCCGCUUUAUCUUUGUGCAAUCAAAUCUUCGCAAAAGAGCAAAAACAUACUGGUCAGCUUGCCACCUUCAUGGGCCAAAGCACUGAACCGCUCACCGGCAUUUCUUCCUGUCUCUAGCGCAGACAUGCUGCGAUGCGAGAUUGCUGCAGGCCUGCCGCCGUUGUGAUCCCAUCUGCCAAUAAAGUGCUCUGUAAUUUGACUAUCUCCUUGACAACAGCCAUCGAGGAACCAAAUAUUGACAUAACUCCCCAAAACCACAGGGUUCUGGCCUCCCUUGGAGAACAAAGCCAAGAAUGAACAGAGCAAUCCUUCUGAUAGCAGCGAGCGAGUCAGGACAGCGCCAGCCAAGGCGGGCAGGCAGCUGCAGGGUCGACACUUAUCAAGAUGUGCCCUCCAUUAGGCACAGGACAAUUAAAGAGCUACUUUCUUCAGCAGAAUGACAUGCAUUACAUUAUAGGGAAAUCCCAGAUGGGCUAAAUUGCCUCCUUUUCCCUUAAAACAAUAUUUGAAUAUUUGUUUAUAAGGAAGAACUCUGUGUUCAUAGAGAAGAGGAACAAACAAGAGGAAUAGAAAAGGGUGAGGCAAAUAAAUGUUUUGGCCAAAGGCCUAACAACUACCAUGACAGUAGGACAGAACAACUACAUAAAGCAGAUCUGAAAUAAUUCCAAAUUGGAUGUGCCACAGAGGUCUAUGUCGUUUUAAGAAACGCAAUAAAUUACCUGGAAGAGCAGCACUUUGGGUAAACAAUUUCAAGAAGUCCAGAAAAGAAAACAAUCACGGUAAGAGCACUGAAGACGUAAACACUGAUCCGGCCGUCCAUUAUCAAAGCAGGGCCGCAAGGAGCCCAAGCCUAUCCUGGCAGCAUCAGCUGUACAUCAGCAAGCAGCCUUGGGGAGAAUGGCAGUCAAAUGCAGGGCACAAUCCGUCUACCUUCUCAAGCUACUCCUCUCGUUUAUAGAGAUACUGGAAGCUGCGGCACACCCAAAGCUUUGAAAAGGUGCCACUCCAUUGCAGGACACACACGCUCACCCAUCUGUUUAUUUCCUGAUCUUGAUAUUUUUCAUCAAGUAACACAAUCUAACCCUGCAGCACUACAGAAGAGGUCAUCCACUAGAAGCUAAACAUGUUCUAGUAUUUACUGGUAUUUGGAUGAGAAAAACUUGGGUUGCUGCUGGAAGAGGUGUUGGUGACGCCAGCAGGAGGUGCUUACCCUGUGGUCUGAAU